CAGCGGAUUGACCAUGUGGUCGCCAGGACCCGCCACGAUCAGCCAGAAGCUUACCACGCUGAAGGCUGACGUCUGCAAGUUGCAGCAGCACCCACCAGGUGGCAGCGACCAGUGACCGUACAAGAUGGCGAACUUCAACAUCAAGAAGUUCAACGACUACCACAAGCAAGACCCACUGGCUUGGUGGCAAGGGUUCACUACCGCCAUCGACAUCCACCGCGUGCCCGACCAGUUGAGGAUAGCGGCACUCUCCAUCAAUGUGACCGGCGCAUGUCAAAUUUGGCUCAACCACUGGGCAACACGCGAGGAGGUGACAAUGGCGAGCCUGCACGCCAAGAUCCCGUGGGAAGAUCUCACUGCCAAAUGGAAGAAGUGGUUCAUCGUCGACAACGCCAAAGCAUGUGCAGUGAACCAGAUCUUCCGUAUUUUCCAAGGGACCCAACCUUCGCGAGAGUGGUUGACCGAAUGGCAGAAGAUGGUUGCCACCCUCGGCUUGAACGUGGCGUUCGAGCAUAUGAAGUGCGAAUUCUUCGUCCGAUCGGUUGACUCCUUGAGCUCGGCCCUUGGGGAUGAGGACGAGUACGAGGACUUUGACGCAAUCAUCGACCGUGCUCGGCCAAUCAUCCAAACCAAUUGGCGUGUGGCUAACGACAGACAAGGGCAGCCAAUUUUUGUGGAGAAAGGAAAGGGGCAACGGACGCAGCCCUUUGCUGCAGUCCAAUCCAAUGGACCAAGUGAAGACCUGACAUUGACUUCAGCGUCAAGUGAAGUAGACCAAGUCAAUGCUCUUCCGCCGCGAAGCACCAACUCAAGAAAGAAAAAGGCGAAAACCGCGUCGAUGACGGAAGCUGGACAGCCGAAGAAGCCUUGGGUGAAGUUCGGCCUCACCGAGGAGCAAUUCAAACCGCUUAUGUUCGCUGAUGAUCUCGCGGGAGGAGCCAAGUAUUUUGUGGAGGUGGAAGGAAAGGUGGUCAUGGAUGGGAUCCUUCGGCGAAUCUCAAGUGGCGAGCGAGUGGGUGAUCAAGCCACACCUUUGGGUGCCUACAUGAAACAGGCGGGCAUCAUGUCACAUGCCUCCAACUUGCUUGUGCUCCCAGAUGGAGAGUUACUCUGUGUCUGGUUUAGUGGGGAGGUGGAAGGAGGGAAUGCGGUUGCCAUAGUCAUCUCCCGACUUCCACUGGGGUCAAUGAAAUGGAGCGAUCCGGUUGUUGCAUCCAAGGAGAUAGGGCGGUCAGCGCAAAACCCUGUUUUGUUCUUUGACCGGAGUUUUGAUAGAGCAGGAAAGUCACAGACGGCGAAGGAAGAAGAGAAGACAGGCAAAAAGAGACAUGGUGGUAUAUUGACUCUCCUUCACACAUCACAGGUUUACCCAUACUGGUGGUAUGGAGAUAAGAACAUCAUUCAGAUUCUCUAGCAAUUUGUGGGUACCCUUCAUCUCGUUCCGAAGGUCUCUUGCCGUC